AGAAAUUGUGCCCUUUUGCCUCCACCUCCCUCCUUCCCUCCUUCCCUCCCUAUUCAAUUCCUCAGCUAACUCUCUGUAUCAUACCCCUCUCGUCCUUCAUUUCGUUUUUACUAUUGCUUUGCUCUCCACACGCCCGUCUACCCCCUCUUCCAAUCCCCCCCCCUCACUGCCUCGGAUUUGCCUAUCCACCAGCAGCUUCCAUCCUCCGAGCUCAUUCAUUCUUAUCCUCUGCCUUGAAUUAGCUAGCCAUACCCCCGAUCACUAGCCCCCAACACCUACAUAGCCAUGCUCCGGCAGAGAGUCCUCUCGAGUUUUCACACAAACCCACUUACCCGCCAAAUCUUCAAGCCAUCGCCCCUCCUCCGCACCCUUCAAAAACUAAAUACCCGGCGCGCGUCACCAUCCCCAUUAUCCAAUGCCUCGUUAAGAACCAUCCCCGCACGGAGCAGCCCUCUACCCACACCGCAUUCCCGGGCAUCGGCAACGAUAGCCCCCUCCAAUGGCUCAAAAACACCUAAACGCAGUAAAGUAGUAAGAUUUGUCUACAAAGCCUCGGCAUUCUGUGGGUUUGCCGGGUUGACGGCGACGGGAUUGGUUGUCGCAUUUUUCAUUUACGAUGCUAGCACUUAUAAAGAGGAGGCGGAGAAGUACGACAUUGGAGUAUCAGAAUUGGCGUUGAAUCCCAGGAGGGGCGGUCCUAAGAAUUUGCCAAUUGCGGAGGUGUUGGUGGACGACGAAGACGGUGAAGAAAUGCUCAAGCAGAGAGAUAAGCCCAGGUUGGUUGUUCUGGGAUGCGGCUGGGGAUCAGUUUCUCUGUUGAAGAAUAUAAAUCCGGAUAAUUACCAUAUCACUGUCGUUUCGCCGAGCAAUUACUUUCUGUACACACCUUUGCUGCCGAGCGCUACUGUUGGAACGUUGGAGCUCAGGUCCUUGGUUGAGCCGAUUCGGAGAAUCACGAGUAGGGUGAAGGGUCACUUUCUUAAAGCUAAUGCGGAGGGGGUGGACUUCUCGGCAAAGUUAGUGGAGGUUUCCCAGACGCUGCCUAGUGGGGAGGUGAGGAGAUUUUAUUUGCCUUACGAUAAGCUAGUCAUUGGUGUCGGAUCCAAAACUCGGACACAUGGAGUCGAGGGCUUGGAGAAUGUGGAGUUUUUAAAGAAUGUCGCGGAUGCCAGGAAGAUUAGGUCGAAGGUUAUUGAGUGCUUCGAGAGAGCCUGCUUGCCAUCUACUACCGAUGAGGAACGGAGGAAAUUGCUGUCGUUUGUGAUUUGCGGGGGCGGGCCUACCGGAGUGGAGUUUGCGGCGGAACUUUUCGAUAUGCUGAAUGAAGACCUCACUCUCGUGUAUCCGAAAAUUCUCCGGAACGAGGUGUCCGUUCAUGUCGUACAAUCCCGUAGCCAUAUCCUGAACACAUAUGACGAGGCAUUGUCGAGAUAUGCAGAGGAGCGAUUCGCCCGUGAUCAAGUCGAUGUUUUGACCAAUGCCCGAGUCUCAAGAAUCGAAAAUGACAGGGUUAUAUUCACUCAGAAAGAAAAGGGGAGCGGAAAGGUUAUCACCAAGGAACUUCCGUUCGGCAUGUGCCUGUGGUCAACCGGCGUUGCCCAGACGGACUUUGCUGAGCACAUCGCCAGCCAGCUUGAGUUACAACGUAAUAAGCAUGCACUAGAGACCGACUCGCAUCUCAGAUUACUUGGAACACCUCUAGGAGACGUCUACGCUAUUGGAGAUUGCUCCACUGUCCAAAAUAAUAUUGCUAGUCACAUAACACACUUUUUGAGGCAAAUCGCUUGGGAGAAGGGUGCGGACCCGGAGAAGCUGGCCUUGGACUUUGGAAUGUGGAGGAAUGUGGCCACAAGAGUCAGGAAGAAGUUUCCUCAGGCUACCGAUCAUCUUAGACGACUGGACCGCUUGUUCGAGCAGUACGAUGUGGAUAAAUCCGGAACUUUAGACUUUGACGAGCUCAAAGAGUUACUAAGCCAGAUUGACAGCAAACUUACGAGUUUGCCUGCUACAGCUCAACGGGCACACCAGCAGGGGCAGUACCUAGCACGCAAAUUCAACAAGUUGGCGCAAGCUGCCCCCGGAUUGGCCGUGAACAAUGUUACCGACGGAGACCUGGAUGAGGCGGUAUACAAGGGCUUUGAGUAUAAACAUUUUGGAAGUCUGGCUUAUAUAGGAAAUGCAGCUGUAUUCGACCUCAAUGGGUUGUCCAUUGGUGGGGGACUGAUUUUCGUGUAUCUCUGGAGAUCUGUCUAUUUCGCUCAGAGCGUCAGCCUCCGAACGAGAAUGCUACUCGCUAUGGACUGGGGGAAGAGGGCGCUGUUUGGCAGAGGUGAGAUAAAGUUCCCUUUCCUGUGCGUCUAA